AUGGAAAAGCAGAUCACCGCAGAUGCCACUUUCAAGUAUAAAGAUGGAUAUAUCCUUCCAGAAGACUUGGAAUCUUGGUUUACACAUGGUUUCAUUCAUCCGGAGGAUGAAGUUCACAUCUUUGAAAAAGACAAAUCAUGUGUGAUUUUCACAGUUCAACAACUGCUCCAACAACUAAAAAACUCAUCUUCAAGGAAUAACGCUUCCAAUUUUCAACAAAUCCCACUUCUUCCUGACUGCUAUGAAGAUCAAUUCUCGGAGGAUGUGACUACAGACGAGCACGAACUGGACAAAAUGUUAUCAGAACUUUAUAGUCUCGUGAAGUCAAUCGAUAAAAGUUUCAUGAAUAAUGAAAGCAAAUUCCAAUCAGUUUUCAAUAAAACCUGUUUUGGAUGCUCAUCACCUAAAAGUCAAGUUAUCUUAACAACUAAAUUGGAUGUUUUCCAGCAUAUCUUUAGUGAAGAUCACCUUGACUUUCUCUCGGGGUUCGGCUUCUCUAAGGCUGACUUCGACCAAUGGAAGAUUACACUAGAGGAACUAAAAAAAGGAAACCAGGAGAUAUUUGACUUAUUUAUGCUUCAAAUCACUGGUGCACCACCACCAAUGACACCCUAA